AUGUCUCUUGCUGUGGAAGACGACCGCCGACGAGACCGGUCGAGGUCGAGGUCUCGCGACCGGCGUCCAAGAGACGAUCCCGAGCCCUCGAGCGCCACCAGGUUUGCCGACGUGCGAGAACCGAGCUACGUCUAUCCCGAGGACGACCUAGAUGAUCGCUACAGGUCUCGAGGCCACCGCGACUCGGCCCAUGCUGGGGGAUUGCCCUACCCCCCUGAAGGCGGCAUGGAUGCUAUGCUCCCCGGAAGCCAAUCGCUCUACAGCUAUGAUGAUGCGCGACCUAUUUACAAGACGGCCUCCCCGCCGAGGGAAUCCUCUCAUCGAAGCUCUCGCGACAAGACAGAGCGCGAAAGUUCCAGUCAGCUGCCUGGAUCGUUUCCAGACGACGAUCGCUCCAGGAGGGAUCAUGACAAGGAGCGCCAUGUGCGAUAUGCUGAUCCCAGGGAUUCCAAGUACGAGAGGAUGAAUAGAUCAGAUGACGACUACCAUGACCCGCGAGCUCGUCGGUCUCACAAGUAUGCGCGAGAAGACGAGGGCCCUGGGAUCCGUGACGCCUCUCCGCCUAGAGACAAGUACUCGCGAGGCUCGCGGGACGACGUUUCCGACGAUAAGCUCAAGUUUCUCCCGCAAAAGUACAGUCGUCGCUAUGAUGAUGACGACGACACCAAUGGCAAUCGCGACGACAAGUACUCAAAGCGCGAUAAGGACAGGAGGAGUGACCGCGACAGCAGGUCCAAGAAGGAGCGAGAUGAGGACGAUUUGGCUUACGGCAAACCUCCGGGGCCGUCUCGCUCUCGGAGACAAGAGUCGCCCCCUACUUAUGGCAGCUACAUUUCUGCUUCUCAAGUGAGCGACAAGAGGUCCUCGAGGUAUGGUCGAGAGGACGAUGAUGAUCGCCGACAAAGGCCGGCCAGCCCGUCCGAGAAUCCCUACGACGCUAGAAAGUCUCGCCGUGAGCCUUCAUACCGAGACGAGCCUCGCCAUUCCGCCAAUGUCUUGACAGUUGGGCCUGGCAGCGGCGACAGAGACCGAUCACGCGACCGCCGAAGAGACAAAUCUCCCGGCCCGGCAACCCUUUCCCCAGAAUCAGAUCGCAAAGAGAGAGACCGCUCAAGAGACCGCCGUGGCGGCGCGCGCGACAAGUCCCCCCAACCGCCAACAAACCGCAUGUCCAGCCUAACGGUUGACACCGGCCGCUCAAGCAACCUGUCACUUGCCGCCGCUCCCGCCUCGCCGCUCCUGGAAUCGUACAAGGGCACAUAUCAAGACUGCUCGCCCAUGCCGUCCCCUCUCCUCAUCGCUUCCAAAGACCCCAACAGCGACCCCAGGGUCAUCGAGGCCCUCUCUCCGCUGAACUCGGACGUCGACAGCCCCGACGGCAAGAAGCGUUCCCGCCGCGCGCGCUUCCACGACCCAGAAGACAUUGCCACCAGGCUCGCCAGAGCCCUCAAAGGCGACAGAACCCCCGACAUCCGGCCUCUCAUCGAGAUCCUCCCCAGUCUCACGCACGAUCAAGUCAUGGAGCUGCGCAGCCAGUACAAACGCAUUGUGAAGACGGGCUCCGACCGCAAGGGUGUCAACAUUGCCAAGCACAUCCGCGCCCGCCUCAAGGACGAGGACCCCAACCUCAUGAAGGCCUGCUACGCCGUCGCUCUGGGCAAAUGGGAGUCGGAGGCAUACUGGGCCAAUUUCUGGUAUCAGGGCGAUAAGACGCGGCGCGAGCUACUCAUCGAGUCCCUCAUGGGCAGAACCAACGACGAAAUCCGCCACAUCAAGGAUGCAUUCACCGACAAAAAGUACGACAACAGCCUCACAAAAUGUAUGAAGGUGGAGCUCAAGGAGGACAAGUUCAAGAAGGCCGUGCUCAUGGUCCUCGACGAGCGCCGCAUGGACGACUUUGAUCCCUACGGGCGCAGAAUGCCCAUCGACUACCACCUCGUCGACCAGGACGUUGACGACCUCCGGAGGGCGGUCAAGGCCGAAAAGGGCGGCGAAAGCGCCAUGAUUUCCAUUGUCGUCAAGAGAAGCGACGCCCACCUAAGGCAUGUCCUGCAGGAAUACGAGCAUCAUUACCGGGCAAACUUUGCGAGGGAAGCGCUCAAGAAGAGCGGCAAUCUAGUCGUACGUACUCCCACCAUCCCCGAGGGCGAACUACUGGCUCAUAUUCUCAACGGCGUCAUCAACAGGCCCGUCCGCGACGCGCUCCUGCUCAACCACGCACUCACGGCGUCUCGCAAGGACGGUCUCCGCCGGGAGCUGCUCAUUUCGAGACUGGUCCGCUUCCACUGGGACCCGGCGCACAUGCAGGCUGUAAAGAGGUCGUACCGGGAGCGGUACGGCGUGGAUCUGCAGGAGGCGGUGCGGGAGGGCACGAGCGGCCAAUGGGGCGAGUUUUGUAGGGAGCUGUGCAUCGCGAGGAUGCCAGACGAUGUGAGGAGGGUCUAA